AAAAUGUUGUCAUAAUAUAUCAGGUGUUUGUUGCAGUAAUAAGUAAAUCGUGAGUUUGUUUCGUUUUGCAAACGAAAGAAAUGGCGUCACAGCAAGAAAAAAGGUCUGAACUCGAUCGAAGGGCUAAGGAAGGAGAAACUGUAGUUCCUGGUGGCACUGGUGGCAAAAGUCUUGAAGCUCAGGAACACCUUGCUGAGGGGAGGAGCCGAGGAGGGCAGACGAGAAAGGACCAACUGGGAAGUGAAGGCUACCAGGAAAUGGGACGCAAGGGAGGUCUAAGCACGGGGGAUGAGUCCGGUGGUGAGCGUGCGCAGCGAGAAGGGAUCGAGAUAGACGAGUCAAAGUAUAAGACCAAGGGUUAAGCUAGUUGAUAGUUUUUCUUUUGCAGCCAAAGUUCCUUGGGUUAAUAAAAGGGUCGUCUAGCUAGCUUUUCUUUCUUAUGAGUUAUGUGUCCUUGGUGCUGCUUAGGAUAUAUGCUAAGUCUUUCCAGUCCUCUUUAGUCGUCUAGGUUACUACUAACACAAUGGGGACCAUGUAGUUUAGACAGGCCAUCCGUUUCUCUCUUUUGUGUGUAUUUCGUCUUUCAACUUGAAUGGCCUAGCAGUCCAUUUAGUUCAA